AUGGGAAAGAAACAAGCAGCCCCCGCCUAUGUCCUAGGCGUGGGCAUGACCAAGUUCAUCAAGCCAAGGGGCAAAGUCGACUAUCAUGAACUUGGAUUCGAGGCCGGUGUCAAGGCCAUGUUGGAUGCGCACAUCAACUAUGACGAUGUCGACCAGGGUGUCGCCUGCUACGUCUAUGGCGACAGUACUUGCGGUCAGCGUGUCUUCUAUCAAUUCGGGUUGACCAACAUCCCCAUCUACAAUGUCAACAAUAAUUGUUCAACUGGCUCAACUGGCCUGGCCAUGGCUCGUACCAUGGUCUCUCACGGGGCAGCCGACUGUGUUCUCGUGGUGGGAUUCGAGAAGAUGAGCCCUGGAAGCUUGCAGUCCGUCUACAACGACCGUGCCAAUCCAACGGGUCUCUUUGGCACGAUGAUGGCCGAAACCAGAGGCGUGACCAAUGCUCCUGGUGCGGCACAGAUGUUCGGCAACGCGGGUCGUGAAUACAUGGAAAAGUAUGGGGCUAAGAAAGAAGACUUCGCAGAGAUUGCUCGCAUCAACCACGAACACUCCAAGCGCAACCCGUACUCCCAAUUCCAGAAUGAAUACACUCUUGAGCAGAUUCUCAAGGCACCGAUGAUUCAUGAGCCUCUUACAAAACUUCAAUGCUGCCCGACUUCCGACGGAGCCGCUGCCGCUGUGAUUGUGUCCCAGGAAUUCCUGGAUGCUCGUCCCCAUCUCAAAGAACAGGCCAUCCUAAUUGCAGGCCAACAAAUCGCCACUGAUACACCUACACUCUACAACCGGAGUUCAAUCGAUUUGAUGGGCUUCGGGAUGAGUCGCCUCGCUUGUCGGGCCGCCAUCGCGGAAGCAGGCGUCAACGUCAAGGACAUCAAGGUCUGCGAACUGCACGACUGCUUCUCCGCUAACGAGAUGAUCACGAUCGACGCGCUAGAGCUCUGCGAGCCCGGCAAAGCGCAUGAGAUGGUUCGUAACGGCGACAUCACCUACGGUGGAAAGAUGGUCAUAAACCCCUCCGGCGGUCUCAUCUCCAAGGGCCAUCCACUAGGCGCAACCGGCCUCGCUCAAUGUGCAGAGCUGGUUUGGCACCUGCGUGGCUGGGCCAACAACCGCUUGAUCAAGGGCACCGACGCAGCCUUGCAGCACAACCUUGGUCUAGGCGGUGCCGUGGUUGUGACCGUGUAUAAGCGGGCGGACAGAAAGAUUGCAGCCGCCGUGCCUUCAGAUGCAGUUGGCAAGAUUACAGGCCUUGGGUAUAACCCAGCUGUUGAGGCCAAGGGCUUCACUCUUGAGCAAGCCAAGUCGGUCCUGAGCAAGAAGCAUUCCGAUGCAUGGGCGUUGGGUGAUACCCAGGAAAAGGUGAUGGCUCGGUUCUAA